GUCCCUCGGACCGGAAGGAGUUGCUGGCGCUUCCGGCGGUGGUUGCCUCGGUGAUGUCGUGGGUUCAAAGUACUCCCUUGGUCCAGGGUCCCGGAGAAGAGGGGGACGUGUUUGACGAGGAAGCGGACGAGUCGCUCCUGGUGCAGCGGGAAUGGCAGAGCCACAUGCUGAGACGAGUCAAAGAAGGUUACAGAGAUGGAAUAGAUGCGGGCAAAGCAGUUACUCUUCAACAAGGCUUCAAUCAAGGUUAUAAGGAAGGUGCAGAAGUCAUUAUAAACUACGGGCAACUCAGAGGAACAUUGAGUGCUUUGCUCUCCUGGUGUCACCUUCAUGAUAAUGGUUCGGCUCUGAUCAGUAAAAUAAAUAGUCUUCUGGAUGCAGUUGGCCAGUGUGAAGAGUAUGUGCUCAAACAUCUGAAAUCAAUCACGUCUCAGCCCCAUGUGGUAGAUUUGUUGGACUCUAUUCAGGAUAUGGACCUUGGUCAUGUAGCUCCAGCUGAGAAAAAGAUGGAUGAAGGUAAAGAUGAAAGACUCUGUGAAAAUAAUGCUGAGCUUCACAAAAACUGUGGCAAGAGUCUUAGUGAGGCAGAUUGUUCAUCUCUAGAAUGUUGUAGAAUACAAGAGCAGCCACAUUCUGAAAACCCAAGCCUCACAUGGAUUUUAGAACAGACAGCCAGUUUGGUCAAACAGCUGGGAGUAUCACUUGACGUAUUACAGCACCUCAAACAAUUAUAAAAAUUCUCUUCGUGUUUCUAAUGAAAGUAAUGUUGAGAACAUUUGUUGGAACACUUUGUUUCUUAAACUAACCAAAAUUUGUAGUGGUUUCUACAUGGAACACAUCACUUGUAGGUUAUCCUUCAUGGAAGUUUGAAAUGUCUUCAAAAUUAACACUAUUAAAUGUAAUAACAGCUUUU